AUGUGCAGCAUAAAUGUGGCGUUUAUAGUAAGUUAAAUUAUUAUUUAUUUAAUCAGAAAAAAUCUAACUUUGUAGGAAUUGCGAAAUUUCAUUCCAACAUUUCCAUAUGAAAAACGACUUUCAAAAAUAGAUACAUUAAAUUUGGCGAUUGCUUAUAUUAAUAUGUUGAAUGAUGUUUUGAGGUUUGUUAGAUGCUCAGAAAAUAUUUCAACACAAAUUUCAUUUUUCAGAACCGGAGAAGAUCCAGAAAUGUAUCUUCGAAAAUGUAUCAACUUGGCAAGAUCUGGAAAUCCAGGAGCACCAUCGUGGAGUACAAGUGGUUGGUUUUUCAAAUUGUUCAAAAUACCAACCAAAUUUUUGUUUUUCAGAUUUACUAGCUCGUCUCGGAUGGAUAAAAUGGCGUCGUUUGGGAAUCGAACCAAUUACCUAG